CUCUUCCAACAGUCAUCAACCAUGCAAUGCUUCACCCCACUAGACGGCUUCUCAGUAGUUCAUUAACAAGUGGAAGGCAGCCGCGAGUAUCUGUUUCUCAACCCACACCGUACUCUUGGGUACCUAGUGAUGGACUGCUCGAAGCGGAAAUCAAGGCAUAUCGUGCUUCCACCGGUCGAUCCUUGGUUCAAAGACACAUUGCGAUCAAGGAAAACAUCACAUAUCGUCAUGCACCGACAACAUGUUCAUCUUCCAUCUUGAAAGACUUCAACCCAGACUACAACGCAACAUGUGUCGAGUUAUUGCUCCAGCAAGGCGCUGUCAUCUGCGGCCAAACCAAGAUGGAUGAGUUUGGCAUGGGAUCCAACACCACCCAUCUACCAGAGGGCUAUACGCCGGUGUAUAGCCCCGGAGCGCCUGUGGACGAUGAUGCUCCUCGAUCUGUAGGAGGCAGUUCUGGCGGCUCAGCCGCAGCGGUGGCCGAGGGUAGUUGUUGGGCAGCGCUAGGCACAGAUACGGGAGGGUCUGUUCGACUUCCAGCCAGCUAUUGCGGGGUAAUCGGACUGAAACCGUCUUACGGACUGAUUUCCCGAUUUGGUGUCGUCUCCUAUGCCGAUUCGCUGGACUGCGUCGGCAUCCUCGCUCGAGAUAUAACCAUUGCCUCUCAAAUCUUCUCCACUCUCAACCACCCCGAUCCUCGUGACAUGACCAAUGUAUCAUCUGUGACUCGUCAACGUGCACAUACACUGCUCAUUCAGCACAUCGAAGAGAUUCAACGGCAUGGAGGUACAACAGGCGCAUUACAAGGGUAUCGCAUUGGUAUACCCAAACAAACUCGUCUGCCAAGUCCUCACCUGACGAUCCCAUCUGAGCUUAUAGGCUAUCUGGAGAACCAAGGAGCUACUGUGGGGUCUGUUGACAUACCGUCCUGGACCAAGACCCUCCCGGCGUAUUACGUGCUGGCCAGUGCGGAAGCUUCAAGUAAUCUGGCUCGAUAUGGGGGAGGAUUCUUUGGAUCUGCUCAACCGGACGGUGAGGACGGCAGAAGACGAGUCAGAACGGAAGGUUUCGGAAGGGAGGUGAAGAAACGUCUAUUAGCGGGAACUUACGCUUUAUCGGCAAAUCAAUUUGACAAUACCUAUCUCAAAGCCUUAUACCUCCGACGAACACUUCGACGAGAGUUUGACUCUAUAUUCCGUAUCCCUCAUUCGGUCCGAUCUUAUCCGUCCGUGUAUGAAUCUGCUCCUAACUCCGACACCACAUCUUCGUCACCACGCCCUUCAUCCACCUCGACAGCAACGUCUGCUUCAGAUGGCGUCGACGUGCUCUUACAUCCUACGGCUAUAAGUACGGCCCCGCCGCUGUCGCAGACUCUUUCAUGCGAGUCCGAAUACGCUCAAGAUCUCCUCACUGUUCCUGCAUCAUUAGGCGGUCUGCCGUGUAUGAGCGUCCCGGCCGGUGUUGGUUCCGAUGGUUGGCCUAUCGGUAUGAGUGUGAGCAGUCAAUGGGGAAUGGAAGAGUUGGUAUUUGACGUAGGGAGGGUGAUCGAACAAUGGGGUAAAGGUGAAUGACAAUCCAUGAUGAACCCUUCUCCUCGGAUGUGUGUGUGUGUAUUCAUCCAUCACUUCCUCCAGGGGGGCCUCUUGCAUGAACAGGCUUUCAUGCAUACAUUAAUGUUGUU